AUGGUUAUUGGCUGUAAGGUUUAUGUUACUGGUAGUUCACGAGAAAUUGGGUUUAACUCUAGGCUCUUCGAAUAUGCAAAUAGAGAGAACUGCAAUGACAAUUUCUUGUACUGUCCAACUUCUGAAGAUAUAAAAGUUGAUGGGAUUGCAGAUUUUAGAAAGCGUUGGAUCCGGGGUGAACCUGUUAUUGUCAAGGAGACAACAGAAGAGAAAAUGAAGGAUGAUAGCAGAAAUGUGAAGGCUACAGAUUUCUUAGACUGGUUUGAGGUAAAUAUUGAGCUUGGUCAGUUUAUCAUGGGAUACUCAAAGGGUCGAAUCCAUGAAAAUGGUUGGCCACAAAUGUUAAAGUUGAAGGACUGGCCUUCCCCAACUGCUCCUGAAGAUUUUUUGUUGUAUCAGAGACCCAAUUUCAUUAGUAAACUACCAUUGCUUGAGUACAUCCAUUCCAAGUGGGGUCUAUUAAAUGUUGCUGCCAAAUUGCCUCAUUAUUCCCUGCAGAAUGAUGUGGGCCCUAAGAUUUUUAUUUCUUAUGGGAUGAAUGAAGAACUUGGUAGAGGUGAUUCAGUGAACAAUCUCCAUUUCAGUAUGCGUGACAUGGUGAGUUCCAUGUUCUCCUAG